AUGACUCCAAACCAACAGUCUCUUGCAAUAUACCACGUCCGGAACAAUGUCACCAAAACGACAACGGUAUUGCGGUUGUAUAAGGGAAAGAUCCGUUCCCAUCGCAGCAGGUCCCGCAGUCCCUCAGUGAGGGAUGGCUCUUCGCAAAGCCUGCCAAACGUCCAGGCCAUCGUCUCUGCUUCGAGUGCCACGGCAAACACACCUCAGAAUGCUCCUACUUUCACGGCAGAAGGUCACCAGAGUCGUCACUCGCUCGCCAUCCCGACGAUCAACGAACCGGCGCCUGAGCAAGAGCCAAUCGUUCAGGAUCCUCCAGCUGCAGAGCCUGGCGAUGAUGACGAAGAGGGGAGACCAGCACAAAAGCUAUCUGACGAACUCUGGGACCGUGCAUAUGAUGAACUAAAAGCCGAGGAACCUGCACUGGUACAAGCAUACGAAAGAAUCUUGACGGCCCACCUCAUUUGCGACAACAACGGCACGACUGAUGCUACAUCUGGCGAAAACCGCAUCGAACAACAAAACAAGGAGUACAGAAGAAUCCAGAUGCAGAAUCUGGUGAAGAAUGGCCUGGACAAGAUUUCACGGGAGUCAAAGGCGAAAUCCCGCAUAGGCGAUUUCCUCCCCCUGAUCAACGUCUCGAAAGAUAUCGUCACCAACGUGGUCAAAGGCGUUCCACAGGCGGCGCUUCCAUGGGCUGCCGUUUCCCUUUCACUCGAGCUCUUGACGAACCCUAUGUCCGAGACGAAGGCCAACUGCACGGGAGUCACGUAUGUGAUAGAGCAAAUGAAUUGGUACUGCGAACUGGCUGCGCUAGUCUUCAGCGAUCAUAAUGGCAGCACUGCCAGACUUCAGGGAGAGCUUCAGACGAAACUCAUCGAUCUGUAUAAGAAGUUGCUCUUUUUUGAAAUCAAGAGCAUAUGCUCUUACUAUCGCCACCGGGGACUCACCUUCCUACGCGAUCUCGUCAAGCUUGAUGACUGGAAAGGGAGUCUCGACGAGAUCAAAGACGCCGAGACCUUCUUUGACAAGCAUUUCCAUGCAUUCCGAAGCAUCGAUCUGGGGCAAUAUAUGAAGCAACUAGUCCUCCACGCAAAGGACGAGCAGGCGUACCGAAAGACUGAGGAGGACAAGAAGUGUCUGAGAGAUCUGUAUAUCACAGAUCCUCGAAUGGACAAGCGCAGAAUUGAGAACACCAAAGGAGGCUUGGUGCAAAACUCGUGGCGCUGGAUUCUCAACCAUCCAGACUAUGAAACUUGGCUUCAUGAUGACGACAAACGGCUUCUCUGGAUAAAGGGUGACCCAGGCAAGGGAAAGACAAUGCUUCUCUGUGGCCUAGUCGACGAGAUCACAAAGCGAGCCGCACAGUCGGGAGAUGCCGUAUCUUAUUUUUUCUGUCAAGCGACCAUGCCGACAAUCAACAAUCACUUGUCGGUUUUACGCGGCCUUAUAUGGCUGCUUGCCGACCAACAGCCCUCUCUCCUUUCAUACAUUCGGGAAGCGUACGGUACCAGCGGCAAAGAUGUGUUCGAAGGGCCCAACGCAUGGUACAGCCUGACAAGCUUUUUUCGCAGCAUCUUGGAUGAUGCAAAUUUGACAAGGAUAUAUGUGAUUGUUGACGGCCUCGACGAGUGCACCACCGGCUUGCCUGAGCUCCUGGAGCUGUUCAAAGAAGUGUUGCCGUUGCAAAAUGUCAAAUGGAUCUUGUCUAGUCGAAACUGGCCUGAUAUCCAAGCGAGCCUUGAGGAUACACCGGACGCUGAGGGUGUAAAUCUCAGUCUUGAGGUUAAUGCCGCCGUUGUUGCAGAUGCAGUGGAUGCUUAUAUCUCUGAGAAAGCAUCCGAGGUGAAGCUCUUCAGGGGAAAAGAUUAUUUGAGAGAAGAAGUCCGCAAAGUCAUGAAAGAAAAGGCCAACGGAACGUUCCUCUGGGUGGCUAUUGUCUUCCAACAAUUGCAACGCAUGAAAUUCCUCGACGGUGGUUUUUCGGCCCUGAUGGAACGAUUGAAUGAGUUUCCAAAGGGCCUCACGGAGCUCUACGACAGAAUGCUCAAGCAAAUCAAAGACUUGGAUAGCGAACAAGAGUCCGAGUUAUGCCAGACUGUGCUCGGCAUUUGUGUGGUGGCCUAUCAGCCCCUUCGCCUUCAAGAGCUGGCCACCCUGGCAGGCUUCAAAGACGGCCUCACGGAACCCUCUGCAUUGCGGACUCUCAUCGAGACCUGUGGCUCUUUUCUCACCGUCAAGGACGAAACCGUCUACUUCAUACAUCAAUCGUCCAAGGAAUAUCUAACGACCAGCAACGGGGCUCAAUCAGCCAUAUUUCCAAACGGCACCGACAAGGUUCACCAUAAGAUCGUGAUGCAUUCGCUAGAGAUCAUGGAACGGAAGCUAUGUCGAAACAUAUACAAGCUACACGAUCCUGCAAUCCUGAUUGGUGAUAUCAGUACACCAGAGCCCGACCCUUUGGUAUCUCUGCGCUAUCCUUGCUCUUACUGGCUUCGCCACCUCUGCAUGUCGAUGGCUAGCUUCAAUCUGAGUGAUGGCAAGUUGUUGAAGUUCUUAAAAGAGCACAUUCUUCACUGGCUGGAAGUCAUGACCUUGAUGGAAAACUCACUCGAGGGCGUUCCUGAUGUUAUUCAUUUUGAAGACCUAGUCAGGCAACAUUACCCCGACAGCGAACUUUUGUACCUGGUUCACGACAUACGUCGAUUCACGCAGCACAGCUCGUGGAUCAUCAACAAUGCUCCGCUUCAAAUAUACCUAUCGGCAAUCCUAUUUACUCCUAAACUCAGCAUUGUGAGGUCUCUUUUCGAAGAAGAGUUAUCAUCAUGGAUAACAGUAAAGCCGCCAGUUGAAAGUCAUUGGAGUCCUUGCCUCCAGAUAAUGGAAGGUUCUACCGAUCACGUUGCACUCUCAGCCGACAAAAAGAUGUUAGCGAGUAGUACAAUCCACGGGGAUCUGAACCUCUGGGACGUUAACUCCGGGAAGUUAAUCCGUGAGCGCUAUAUUAGGGAGGACAUCAGCAAGAUUGUUUUCUCCAGCGAUUCCAAGCGAGUCAUGACCGCCUAUGACUCUUGUGUCGUUUCUUGGGAUGUGGAUUCCGGCAUUGUGCAUCAUUCCACAUGGUCCCCUGGUACCUUUCCGUCAAUCUCCAACGACGGCAAGUUUAUCGCUUCUCGCACGAUUGAUGGCAAAAUUCAAGUACAGGAUAUGAAUACCGGGAAACGGUUGUAUCUUGUGCAGGAUCAUUACAAGUAUGGAGAGGACCCAUAUGAAAAAAAGAUCAAGUUAUCGAAUGAUGCCAAGUAUCUAGUAUUUGGCGGGGAUACAAUUACAAUUUGGGAUGUCGAGGGGGAUGACGCACACAAGGUCAUCCGCACAUCACGCAGAAGCGCAGAAAUUUGUUUCUCGAUUGACUCCACGCUCAUGGCUUACGUUUCAAACGGCAUCAAUAUCUGGGACCUGGCGAUGAGGCGUGAGGUGUGUACCAUUUCUGCAAAGACAGAUCGCGGUAACGCAAUUAUCUACUCGCUCGAGUUCUCGACCGACUCCAAGCGUCUAGCUGGAGGGACUUCGGAGAACAUUAGGGUUUGGGAUGUCGUCGAUGGUACCCUUCUGACGCAACUGGACACCAAAUACGAGUUGCAUGAAAGUCUCUCUUGGUCGCAAGACUGCAAGAUCCUAGUCUCAUCAACUGACAGCAGCGUCUACGUGUGGGAUAUGACCGCCUCUGUAGAACCCCAGCCCGUCCCAGUUAUUAGCGCCGCGGAUGUUGUCUUGGAAGGGGUCGCAAUCAACAACGACUAUAAGCUAGUGGCUACGAGAUCAAAGGAUGCUGUCAAAGUCUGGGACGUAAAUACAGGAAGCGAGCUAGCGGAGUUUGAGACAGAACGAGUGACGGCUCGAUCGCCAAACUCCGUGGCGUUUUCACCAGAUUCCAAUUUCAUAUACACCCAGGAACAUGCUAGUGUCACUAAAUGGGGUAUUGACUUGAGGACAGAAGCAACAGUCUCUAAAAUACUUCUGAGCGACAGGCAGGACAGACUCGGCGAUGCAUUUUCUAGCGAUGGCAGACUCUUUGCUGAAGCGAUGGCAAGCGGUGGAGACGUCACGAUAUGGGAUAUGUCCACAGGCCAGAAAUCAGUGCAUUUCACCGCCGGUGAUCAAAAAGUUCUGGCCAUGGCAUUCUCCAACAAUGCGCAGUAUCUCAUCCUUUUAUUUCCAAAUGGGACGGUCGGCAUCUGGGAUGCCAUUACCGGUUAUCGAAUCAAGUACGCCAAGGCGAACGCAUAUGAAAUGAUUGACAAGGAAAAAGGCAGACGCCUUGGAAAUCGGCAUCGAGCAGUAGCCUUGUCUGAAGAUGCUAGUCGCGUACUUUUUGGGGAUACAUCUAUCAACGAGAUAUGGAUACAUAACGAGGGUCAGAAGGUAAUUAGGCUCAUUCUCGGUGAACAAAGUUUCGGGAAGCUCUUUGGAGCCAGAGAAUCGUAUAUCACAACGUGGGGCGGUUAUAUCGACUUGAAUGGCCUGCAAACUGGUUGCGAGACGCUGGAUUCUUAUCAAACCAUAACUUUGGAAGAUGUUCGGUUCGAAGGCUACGGUUUGAGUUCUGAUCAAGCUUGGGUCACAUGGAAUGGAAGCAACAUUCUGUGGUUGCCGAUGGACUAUCGACCAUGGCAACUCGGUUAUGAUGCCGUCGUCAUACUUCCUCUUGGUCUCACUGUCGUCGCGCAUAAUAAAGUCCUCAUCCUCGGAUUUUCCGGUCCCCCGCCAAUAUAG